AUAUAGGCGACUGACGUCAGGCCGUUUGUUGUCAUUGGCGGCUCCCAAGAUGGCGUCCAUCGUGGAAGGGCCGCUGAGCAAAUGGACUAACGUGAUGAAGGGAUGGCAGUAUCGUUGGUUCGUGCUGGACUACAAUGCAGGGCUGCUCUCCUACUACACGUCCAAGGACAAAAUGAUGAGAGGCUCUCGAAGAGGAUGCGUUAGACUCAGAGGAGCUGUGAUUGGUAUAGACGACGAGGACGACAGCACCUUCACAAUCACUGUUGAUCAGAAAACCUUCCACUUCCAGGCUCGAGAUGCAGAUGAGCGAGAGAAGUGGAUCCAUGCCUUAGAAGAAACCAUUCUUCGCCAUACUCUUCAGCUUCAAGGUUUGGAUUCAGGAUUUGUUCCUAGUGUCCAAGACUUUGAUAAGAAACUUACUGAGGCUGACGCUUACCUGCAGAUCUUGAUAGAACAAUUAAAGCUUUUUGAUGACAAGCUUCAAAAUUGUAAAGAUGAUGAACAGAGAAAGAAAGUUGAAACUCUCAAAGACACAACAAAUAGCAUGGUAGAAUCAAUUAAACACUGCAUUGUGUUGCUACAGAUUGCUAAAGACCAGAGUAAUGCGGAGCAGCACGCAGAUGGAAUUAUAAGUACUAUUAAUCCUGUAGAUGCAAUAUACCAGCCUAGUCCCUUGGAACCUGUGAUCAGCACAAUGCCUUCCCAGACUGUCUUACCACCAGAACCCGCUCAGUUGUGUAAGUCAGAGCAGCGUCCAUCUUCCUUACCUGUUGGACCUGUGUUAGCUGCCUUGGGACAUCAUCAGACUCCAACACCAAAUAGUACAGGCAGUGGGAAUUCACCACCUAGCAGCAGUCUAACUCCUCCCAGCCAUGUCAACUUGUCUCCAAAUACAGUCCCAGAGUUCUCCUACUCUAGCAGUGAAGAUGAGUUCUAUGAUGCUGAUGAAUUCCAUCAAAGUGGCUCAUCCCCAAAGCGCUUAAUAGAUUCUUCUGGAUCUGCCUCAGUCUUGACACACAGCAGCUCUGGAAAUAGCUUAAAACGCCCAGACACCACAGAGUCACUGAAUUCCUCCAUGUCCAAUGGCACAAGUGAUGCUGAUCUUUUUGACUCACAUGAUGACAGAGAUGAUGAUGGGGAGGCGGGGUCAGUGGAGGAGCACAAGAGCGUUAUCAUGCACCUCUUAUCACAAGUCAGGCUUGGGAUGGACCUCACAAAGGUAGUUCUUCCAACAUUUAUUCUCGAGAGAAGAUCUCUGUUAGAAAUGUACGCAGACUUUUUCGCACAUCCAGACCUGUUCGUGAGCAUUAGUGAUCAGAAGGAUCCCAGGGACCGAAUGGUUCAGGUUGUGAAGUGGUACCUCUCGGCCUUCCAUGCAGGAAGGAGAGGAUCGGUGGCCAAAAAGCCGUACAAUCCUAUUUUGGGUGAGAUCUUUCAGUGUCACUGGACGUUGCCGAAUGAUACUGAAGAGAACGCAGAGCUCGUUUCAGAGGGGCCGGUUCCCUGGGUUUCUAAGAACAGUGUAACAUUUGUGGCUGAGCAAGUUUCCCAUCAUCCGCCCAUUUCAGCCUUUUAUGCUGAGUGUUUUAACAAGAAGAUACAAUUCAAUGCUCAUAUCUGGACUAAAUCAAAAUUCCUUGGGAUGUCCAUUGGGGUACACAACAUAGGUCAGGGCUGUGUCUCAUGUCUGGAGUACGAUGAGCACUACAUUCUCACGUUCCCCAAUGGCUAUGGAAGGUCUAUCCUGACAGUGCCCUGGGUGGAAUUAGGAGGAGAGUGCAAUAUUAACUGCUCCAAAACGGGUUACAGUGCAAAUAUCGUCUUCCACACUAAGCCUUUCUAUGGGGGCAAGAAGCACAGAAUUACUGCAGAGAUUUUUUCUCCAAAUGACAAGAAAUCCUUCUGCUCAAUUGAAGGGGAAUGGAAUGGUAUCAUGUAUGCAAAAUACGCAACAGGGGAAAACACUGUCUUUGUAGACACCAAGAAGUUGCCUAUAAUCAAGAAAAAGGUGAGGAAGUUGGAAGAUCAGAAUGAGUAUGAGUCCCGCAGCCUUUGGAAGGAUGUCACUUUCAAUUUAAAAAUCAGAGACAUUGAUGCAGCAACGGAAGCAAAGCACAGACUUGAAGAAAGACAAAGAGCAGAAGCCAGAGAAAGAAAGGAGAAGGAAAUUCAGUGGGAGACAAGGCUCUUUCACGAAGAUGGAGAGUGCUGGGUUUAUGAUGACCCUUUACUGAAGCGUCUUGGUGCUGUGAAGCAUUAGGCUGGCAACGGAAAUCACACCUGGUGACCAGGGCAGUAGGCGUAAUUAAGCAACAAUCGAUCUUCCUUCAGGAGAACUUGUCACUUCCUUCUUAAUGCAGUGGUUCCUAUCUCAGGGAUACUGGACUUGCCGACACAGAUGAACAAUUAAAGUGGAAAACGCUUCCCUUUUCUCCUCUGUGGCAGUUACAAUUUUGACUUCAGUCCUGAGAAAAACUUCAGGUUUCAAAACAUGAUGUCUCUUCCUUUUCCAGAUCUCAUGCUUUGAAAAGUAUUUAUAGACAGUCCCAGGUCUCAGCUUCCUGUCCUCCAGUUCUGCUGUUCAGGCAUAAAAUCUUUAUCUCCUAGUUCAUAUAAUCUUGAAUUCUAGACACACACACACAUAAACAGCAGCUGACAGUUUUUCACAAGUACUCCCACCUGUAAAUACUGUUUCUUCAGAGUUGUUUUAGAAAAUUAGUGCAAUGUAUGAAAAUCAAGUGUUAGGAAAUUUCAUGGUUCACCUAUAACCUUUAUUUUAGAAUUGAACUAUAUGAUUAGAUUGUAUCUAAACCUGAAGUAUAAUUAUAUGCAGUGCUUCUUAAGGCUUCAUAAAAUAAUUUUCCAACCUUUUUAAAAAUAUGUUUCUUUGAUUGUUUUAAGACCAACCUGGCAACCUUGCCUGAGGCCUGGCUCUUCCCUACUCGAGCCUCCUCCACCUCUCCUGCACAUGCAAGCCCAUCCUGGAGUGCCUUACCGCCUCACAGAGCUGGAGGACUACACUUCCCCCCACUCCACCCCCCAAAAAAGCCACAGCAGAUGGCUUGAUCUGAAGGGAAAUACAGAACUAUGUUUAUUUUAAAAUACAUUAAAAAACAAAACCAGG